UUCUUUCGCAACGGUUGCUCAAUACGUAUCCUACGCUUCCCAAGCAGGUCUCUUUUCUGCCUUAUUUCAAUUGCUCGCUGCAUUACAAGUAUCAUACGUUUAGGUAUUAGCGUAAUUUAUUAUGGCAUGAUAGGUACUGCUUCUAACAGAAUACGCACACUUCAGCCUAUGCAAUUCCAUCUAAAUCUCUAAUUUCAGUGCCUCUUUCUAUCUUUUCACCUCUCAUUUUAUGCCCCUCAAGGUUAGCGCUAGUGCCGUUAGAGAUAUUGUCAACCAAAUCCAAGCCGCUUCUCAAGAAAAGAAGCGUAACUUUGUCGAAACCGUCGAACUUCAAAUUGGUUUGAAGAACUACGACCCUCAACGUGAUAAGCGUUUCUCCGGUACCAUCAAGCUUCCCAACAUUGCUCGUCCUCGUAUGACCGUCUGUGUCCUUGGUGAUGCUUUCCACUGUGAUCAAGCCAAGGGUUGCGGUAUGGAAUUCCAAUCCGUUGACGAUUUGAAGAAGUUGAACAAGAACAAGAAGCUCAUCAAGAAGCUCGCUAAGAAGUAUGAUGCUUUCUUGGCCUCUGAAGCUUUGAUCAAGCAAAUUCCUCGUCUUUUGGGUCCUGGUCUCCACAAGGUCGGUAAGUUCCCUACCCCCGUUUCUCACAACGAUUCUUUGGUUGAUAAGGCCAAUGAAAUCCGUUCCACCAUCAAGUUCCAAUUGAAGAAGGUUCUCUGUCUCGGUGUUGCUGUCGGUCAUCUCGAUAUGACUGAAGACCAAUUGGUCGCUAACAUCAUGUUGGCUGUCAACUUCCUCGUUUCUUUGUUGAAGAAGCACUGGCAAAACGUCAAGUCUUUGUACUUGAAGUCCACCAUGGGUAAGCCUCACCGUCUCUUCUAA